AUGAGUAGCGGUUAUUCCUCGGAGCCCCUGUGUCUUGUCAAUUUUGACAUUGGUAAUGAGUACAAAUCCGCUUUUAUACAGCUUCUAGAUCGUGGGCAACAGAUCGCCCUGCCUGCAUCUCAGCUAUGUCUUGGUUUAACUGCCGAUGCAUCUCAUUCUCUGCUUUGUACAAUUCUUGAAAACAAUGGGGGCAUUAUUGAUUCUCACUCCACAGCAUUUGUUUACGGGUUUGAGGCGAGCGAGUCACCCAAGCUUCACGGUAUAGUGAAACACUGCAAGAGCUGCGUCUUUCACCGUGCUGGAUUAUGGUGUGUGUCGCAACCAGGCAGGGACCUUGAGGCCGGUGUUAUAAGUCUUUCGUUCGCUGAUCUUCUUGGACUUUCACAAGUGGAAUUGAGGGAGAAUCCUGCUGUUUUUGGUACCCUCUCCGACCCUAUUUCCAUGGAGGCUAUGGACGGCAACGUUGCCUGUGUAUUCACUGCGCAUGGGGCUUCCCUUUGUGACUUGAGAGCUAAAGGGAUUCAAUGUAUUUAUCAGUCACGAAAUCGUCUUCUUUCCGGAGUGAUGUGUAAGGAAGGGGAUGCCUUGGUUGUUUCCUCAGAUGCAGAUACGGUUUCGGUAAUUGAAACGCGGAAAGCCACGAACGCGCUGUAUGAGACAAGUGUGUCUUUCCCUGUUACGUUGCGUUCGUCCAUAGGGGGGAAGGUGGCACUCGCCAUUUCUCGUCGUCAAGUGGGGGUGCUUCAUGUUGGAAGGCCGGGGUUUUUGGGUGCAUUCGAGAACCCGGGCACUAUACUUGAUGCAACUCUAUUAACCGAGGAGCAGCACAUCGUCCGCGUACUUUCCUCCUCCGCUGAUGGGUGUCUUAGUGAUUGGUCAAUGGAAUUCUGA